AUGGAGAGAUGAAUGAAAACAUGUUAUGAACCAUGGAUAUCCAUACACUUCAAGUACAUCUGUCAGUUUUGUCUCGGUGUUCAGUUCGUCAGGGGUUUAGACGAGGUGACACUCCUGAAUCCUCCAGCGGAGCCUCUGUCGGACCAUUUUUUGGAAAUACUUUACUCUUGUGAUGCACCUGCUACAGUACAGCUGGACUGUGUUGUGUCUUUUGAAACCGGCAUCACUUCCGCACUCCUGCUCAAACAGUGGAGCUGCGUCCCCGGUGACCCUAAAAUAAAGACUCUGGAGCUGAAUUUGCCGGAUUGGUUGGUGUAUCAAGAUGAUGAGAUUAUGCCAGACUCCCAGUGGGUGCUGAGUUGCAUCCUUCUAGCAUCAGUCAGAUACAUUGGAUUUGAAGACACUGAGAGGUCUGUCGCAGCUCAGGAUGUGGCAGUUUUGCAGCCCAAAGCUUUCUUUAGUCGACCUGUAAAACAGCAUCAACUGUGCAUUUCCUGGAGUACACAAAUGCUGCAAUUAACUCAACGGUUUUCAGAGAAACAAUGCCCUUUGGAGCAAGAAAUGGUGCAUUUCCUGUCUUCAAUGUAUGCUUCAACUGGAGAAAGCUUUGGUAUCACGAAGACACUGGACCCUUACAGCAGUGAGUUUCUGGAGUAUUUGCGUGUUAAAGCCAUCUCUUUCCCAUGGUGUAUGUUCUCCAUCUGGAUAUUUGUGACCAGACACUGCGAGAACAACCUGUGUGGUGUGUUUUAUCAUAUAGACUCCCAUGAUGACUAUAUCACACCAGCACUGUUCCUAAAGAAAUCUGGCCAGCUACACGUCCAGAUGGAUGGAGAGUCGGGGGAAUCGUCUGCAUUUGUUUCUCCAUUCAAAGUGCCUUUAAGCGAGUGGUGCCAAAUCAGUGUGAUAGUGCAUGGAAGAAUGGUGACUGUCUCCAUGGUGUGCCUGCAUAAGGAGCAGAGGACACUUCAUUCAAUAGAACAUGUGUUGGGGCACACUGUCGUGCUGGAUGACACAGAGGGAUAUUUUGUGAUUGGUGGAGGGAAAUUCAUAAGAAGCGUGGAGGGUUAUUUUGGGCCAUUGGUUUACUACCGCAACAGAAUACCACCUCACAGCAUGUCUGAAGUUGCUAUUCCAGAUAUUAUCAGGAUCGUGAACCUGACCGGAUGGCAGCAGACCUGUCAAGAAUUCCGUCUCGAUAUGAAUGUUAAAAUCAGUGGCUAUUCAAUGCUACUACAGGGGACAGAGUCUGAGACCUGUUUUGAUGCUUUCCAUGAGUGGAUGGAAAAGGAUAAACUACCAUCAAAGUCACAGUGUGAGAUGUGGGAGGCGACUAUCCCUCGUAGAAGACAAGCUGCAAAACUGGCCAAGUUUUUGGCUUUCAAACAUGGAGAAAGAGGAGCUAUCCUGCCAGCUGUGGGCAGAGCACUGUACUCCUUAUCACUUCGUAAGCUGAGCAGAGCGAGCAGCACUGGAGUGGUCAGCAGAAUAUUACCACUGCUGCUCCAAGCUGGCUGCUUAGCUGAUAACCGAGCUCUGCACAUGUCGUCGGUGCUCUACAGCGCUGGCCUGGGAGUCAAGGAACAGCCCUAUAAGGCUUGGCUCCUGGCCCUACUGGCAGCCCAGAAGGACGAUCGAUUAGCACUUCUGCAUCUUGGCCACCUGCACCACCAGGGUCUCCAUGGCCUCCCCACAGACCCAGACCUGGCCUAUGCAUAUUAUGCAAACAUUGCUAAACAGACAACUUUAGACCGUCACAAUCACACACCACAGCAGACAUUUGUUGAGGCUGUCUACUUAAACAACGAUGAGGUGUUGAAUCUUCAGACCAAUAAACAUCAUCAUAUCUUCCAAUGGAUGAAACUGCAGGCACGCAGGGGAGCAGCUGAAGCCGAGCAAGCAGUUGCCCGCAUGCUGUUCUGGGGUCAGCAGGGAGUGUCUCCAGACAUGCAGACGGCUGUGAGACACUAUGAAAGGGGAGCUGUCCGGGAGGACCCGGUGUCAAUGUAUGACUAUGGCAUAGUCCUACUGCAUGGGCAUGGGGUUGAAAAGGACAUUCCCAAAGCUCUCUCUUUCCUAAAGAAAGCAAUGGACCAGGAUUUUGUUCCUGCAAUGAACGCCCUGGCCUGGUACUAUGAGCGCUUUAAACAGGACUACGAGCAGGCAGUGAAGCUGUGGGAGCAGGCUGAUCGCCUGGGGUGUCCAGACGCUGCUAUGAAUCUCGGUGUCAUGCACUCACAGGGCCUGUACCCAGGAAAAACUGAAGACCAGUUCAUGGCCUAUCAGUACUAUCGGAAGUCUGCAGAGAGGGGGCACAUCAAGGGAGCAGUUCUACUCGCUAGCACCUGGACCACUGGGAUACCUGGUCGCGUCAACAGACGUCCAUCAGAUGCCGUUUUGUGGGUAAAGUGGGCAGCUGAGCACAACGGAUACCUGGGCAGCAUCUUGCGGAAGGCCUUGGAUUCAUAUCUCAUGAGUGACAUGAUCAGCUCGCUGGUAUAUUACAUGAUGGCUGCUGAGUCCGGGUACUCACCUGCCCAAUUCAAUGUGGCAUAUGUAUGUGAUCAAAAUAUGUUGGGUUUCCAGGAUCCUACUUUUGCAUCAAACUGUAUGUGGAGAUAUUACAAUCUUACAAUCCAAAGUCAAAAUCCUGACACUUAUGCCUUAAUUAGGAUGGGUGAUAUGUUAUAUGAAAGACAGAACGACUUGUUUUCUGCAGCACAGAUGUACAAACUGGCAGCACUAAGGGACGAGCCACAGGGAUGGUACAACCUUGGCCUCCUUGCUGAGGAGGGUUACAGGCUGCCGCUGUCAGUAUUGAUCCAACUUGGCCUUUCAGAGCUGUACCUGGCAGACAACAGUUUGCUCCUAAGCACUCUGUACAAAAGAUGCAGAGACUCAGAAGAUACAGAUUCAUACUUACCUUGCAGCCUCGCCCUCUUCAAUGUGCAUCUUAAAUCAUUCCAAAGGGACUAUAGUGCUGCUAUAAAGUUCUCCACUGCCGUACUUGUGGUUGCAGCUCCAACGAUAUUCGUAAUCAUCCUUGGUGUUCUCAGGAGACGUGUCCUGUCUCCCAACUAGAGCUAAGAUGCAUAAUAGGAUUGUCCGUGCAACAAUCUCAGGGACUAAACAGCAAAGUCAACCUGCGCGGCAACAGCAUUAACACAUUUUGUGUUACUUUACAUAUGUUUACUAUGGAAUCAUUGUAAAGAACAAAUGUGACUGUUAUAAAAGUGAAUAUUGUUUUUU